AACAAAUAUAUAUACGAACAUUCGAUAUAAAAGUCACUAAAACGAACAAACUAGUGACAACUUUUUUAUCAGCUUUGUGCUUGCCUUCAACUGGCGCCAACUAUAAAAACGUUGAAGAACAAUUGUUGAAUAAUAAAAUAAGUUUUGUGUAAAAACACUGCUAAGUGCACAUAAACAAUAUUUAGUGUCAUUAAUACAGUGACGCAUUGUAAAGAAUUUUGAAUAAAUCUUUACAGACUAAAUAUAAACAAGAGUGAUAUAACUGCUCUAUAGAAAAUAGGUUAGAAAAAUAUCUCGAACUCCGAGGUUUUGAUGCUUGAUUUAGAAGAUUUUUGAAGAUCUUAUGCAAGUUGCAAUGAUAGUCCCGGCAAUAAGGAAAAGUGUGCCGUACAAUUUACGACGAAUUACUGCGUACGUUACUUAUAGAAACAAAACGAGGACAAAGAUCCCACGAUAUUGCAAUGAAUCAACUCUACUGUCUACAUCGCUUCCAAAUUUUGCUUCCUGUAGAACUUACAGCACCGAAUCUGAUUCUCAACCGCGGAUCUUCUUACCUAUGCUCGUGGACGGGGCUGCUACACACUUACCGUCUCUUAUAACUCCAUUGAAGCUUCUCUAUUUAUCAGUCUUUAGGAUUACUCCACACAUAGAUAAAGAAUUUGACGUAGUUGAGUUUCUUAAAGGAGCCAGAUAUGCAACGAUAAUAAUAUCUAAAGCUUUAACAAAUAAAGAUUAUGAAUCUUUACAAGGCCUCGUAACAGAAGAUAUGAUAGAGAUUUUAAGGAACAAAAUCGAGACUCUUACUCCUAAUCAAAGACAACUAAUUGCAGUAAAUGAUGAUGACAUGUUGUUUUAUAUUUUAUCUGAUAUUGCGGCUACAGUAGGUGAGGAGCAUUCCAUUAAAAUCACAAUAAUUUGUCAUUAUAUCCAAGGUCUUGCUGAGAAAAAAAAUAGAAUGAUGAGUGGAAUCAUAGAUUUUACUAAAUCAACAGAACAUUUAGUAUGUAAUUAUACAUUUAUUCGUAAGUAUGUAAAUAAUAUUGGAGGUCCAUGGAUUGCAUCUUUUGUAAAUCAUUACACUGUGUCAUAAAGAUAUUUGUUGAAUAUAAAAGUUUGAAUUAAAAAA